CUCCAAGUUUUGAAAUUUCAAACUGGGGCUUCCUUUUCCCCCGGUUCAUUUACUUUUGUAGAGCAGUCAGGCAGGCAGCAGUCGGCGGAAUUAAAGUCGAAAUAACCAGGGAAUUUUAGGUUGUUGGAGUCGUUUGUGUUCGGCUGCACAUAACAGGGAAAAUGGCGGAGCCGUUGAGACAAGCCUUUGAAAACAAGCCGCUGGAAAAGACAAAGAAAGAUCCCAAGCGGAUGUCGGUGGAGAGGAUCUACCAGAAGAAGACGCAGUUGGAGCACAUUUUGCUUCGACCGGACUCCUACAUAGGCUCCGUCGAGCCUGUCACCCAACAAAUGUGGGUGUAUGAUGAGGAUGUUGGACUCAAUUGCCGUGAUGUGACAUUUGUGCCCGGGCUUUACAAGAUUUUUGAUGAGAUCCUCGUGAAUGCAGCUGACAAUAAGCAGAGGGAUAAGAGCAUGUCCUGCAUCAAAAUCAAUAUUGAUAUUGAAAACAACACCAUUAGUGUAUGGAAUAAUGGGAAGGGAAUCCCUGUGGUGGAGCACAAGGUGGAGAAGGUCUUCGUCCCUGCUCUUAUCUUUGGACAGCUCCUCACCUCCAGCAACUAUGAUGACGACGAGAAGAAAGUCACUGGUGGACGUAAUGGAUAUGGUGCCAAGCUUUGCAAUAUCUUCAGCACAAAGUUCACUGUAGAGACUGCCUGCAAAGAGUCGAAAAAGGGUUUCAAGCAGACUUGGUAUGACAACAUGGGCAGAACGGGAGAUUCUCAACUCAAGCCCUUUGAUGGAGAGGAAUUCACCUGUAUCACCUUCAGGCCAGAUCUUCCCAAGUUUAAGAUGAGCAUCUUGGACAAAGACACAGUUGCUCUAAUGACGAGGAGGGCCUACGACAUUGCCGGAUCCAGCAAGGGUGUCCGUGUAUUCUUCAAUGGCAAGAGGCUGCCAGUGACCAGUUUCCGUAGCUAUAUUGACAUGUAUUUGAAGGACAAGGUGGAUGAGCUCGGUGGUCCUCUCAACGUGAUCCACGAGGCCGUCAAUGACCGCUGGGAGGUGUGUCUCGCCAUGAGCGAGAAAGGCUUCCAGCAAGUCAGCUUUGUCAACAGCAUUGCUACGACCAAGGGAGGGAGGCACGUCGACUAUGUGGCCGACCAGGUGGUCGGGAAGCUUAUUGAAGUGGUGAAGAAGAAGAACAAAGCUGGGGUUGUGGUCAAGCCUUUCCAGGUGAAGAACCACAUGUGGCUGUUUGUCAACUGUCUGAUUGAGAACCCCACCUUCGACUCUCAGACCAAAGAGAACAUGACACUGCAACACAAGAACUUUGGAUCCAGUUGUACUCUCAGUGACAAGUUCUUCAAACAGGCUUUAUCCAGUGGUAUUGUGGAAAGUAUCAUGAACUGGGUGAAGUUUAAAGCUCAGUCCCAGCUCAACAAGAAGUGCUCGGCUGUCAAACACACAAAAAUCAAAGGGGUGCCUAAACUAGAUGAUGCCAACGACGCAGGUGGGAAGAACUCCAUCAACUGCACACUGAUCCUUACCGAGGGAGACUCGGCCAAGACGCUGGCUGUGUCUGGGCUGGGGAUUGUCGGCAGGGAUCGCUAUGGCGUCUUCCCGCUCAGAGGAAAAAUGCUCAACGUCCGGGAGGCCACGCACAAACAGAUUAUGGAGAACGCCGAGAUAAACAAUAUCAUUAAGAUCCUCGGCCUUCAGUACAAGAAGAACUACAGUGACCCAGAUUCCCUCAAGACCCUGCGUUACGGCAAGCUCAUGAUCAUGACAGAUCAGGAUCUAGACGGCUCCCACAUCAAGGGCUUGCUAAUCAACUUCAUCCACCACAACUGGCCGUCGCUGCUGCGCCAUAACUUUCUGGAGGAGUUCAUCACCCCCAUCAUCAAGGUAUCUCAAAAGAAAACACAGAUGUCUUUCUACAGCAUCCCUGAAUUCAAUGAAUGGAAAGACGGCCAGUCCAGCACCAAAUCUUGGAAAAUCAAAUACUACAAAGGUUUGGGAACCAGCACAUCGCAGGAGGCCAAAGAGUACUUCUCGGACAUGCAGAGACAUCGUAUCCCAUUCAAGUACUCUGGACCUGAAGACGAUGAAGCUAUCACCCUUGCCUUUAGCAAAAAGAAAGUGGACGAGCGUAAAGAGUGGCUGACCAAUUUCAUGAUCAACAGGCGCCAGCGCCGGGAGCUCAACCUACCUGAGGAGUACCUGUACGGUCAGACCACAAAAUCCCUCUCCUAUAAUGACUUUGUCAACAAGGAGCUGGUCCUCUUUUCCAACUCUGACAAUGAGAGAUCCCUUCCCUGCUCAGUGGAUGGUCUGAAGCCUGGCCAGAGGAAGGUGUUGUUCUGUUGCUUCAAGAGAAAUGACAAGCGGGAAGUCAAGGUGGCUCAGUUGGCCGGCUCAGUGGCUGAGAUGUCGGCCUACCACCAUGGCGAGGUCUCUCUGAUGAUGACCAUUGUCGGUUUGGCCCAAAACUUUGUGGGAAGCAACAACUUGAACCUGCUGCAGCCUCUUGGUCAGUUUGGAACCAGGUUGCAUGGCGGCAAAGACUCUGCCAGCCCUCGAUACAUCUUCACCAUGCUCAGCUCUCUGGCCCGCCUCGUCUUCCCACCUGUGGACGACAACCUGCUCAAGUACAACUAUGACGACAACCAGCGUGUAGAGCCGGAGUGGUACUUGCCCAUCAUCCCCACUGUGCUGGUGAAUGGUUCUGAGGGCAUCGGCACAGGCUGGGCCACCAAGAUCCCAAACUACGACAUCAGAGAGAUCAUCAACAACAUCAGUCGCAUGCUUGAAGGCCAGGAGCCUCAGCCCAUGCUUCCAAGCUACAAAGGCUUCAGAGGCACAAUUGAGCAGGUGAUGAACAACCAGUUCAUGAACAGUGGAGAGAUCUCCAUCAUCGAUUCCACUACCAUUGAGAUCUCUGAGUUGCCCGUCAAAACAUGGACUCAGACUUACAAGGAGAAUGUGCUGGAGCCAAUGCUGAACGGCUCGGAGAAGGUCCAACCUCUGAUCACCGACUACAAGGAAUACCACACGGACACCACUGUUCGCUUUGUGGUCAAGAUGGCAGAGGAUAAGCUGAAGCAGGCGGAGGCUGCUGGCCUUCAUAAAGUCUUCAAACUGCAGAGUCCGCUCACCUGCAAUUCUAUGGUUUUGUUUGACCACGUUGGCAGCCUGAAAAAAUACGAGUCUGUUCAGGAAAUUCUGAAGGACUUCUUUGACCUGAGGAUGAAGUACUAUGUGCUGAGAAAGGACUGGCUCGUCGGCAUGCUGGGCGCAGAAAAUGCUAAGCUCACUAACCAGGCACGCUUCAUCCUGGAGAAGAUUGAGGGCACCCUGGUCAUCGAGAAUAAGCCAAAGAAGGAACUGAUCCGUAUGCUGCAGCAGAUGGGCUACGACUCUGACCCCGUCAAGGCUUGGAAAGAGGCUCAGGAGAAGAAUGAGGAGCAGAUGGAGGAGGGAGAGGAUGAGGAGGGAAAGGAGGAGGAGGAUACCAGUGGGCCAGACUACAACUACCUGCUGAGCAUGCCCAUGUGGUACUUGACCAAAGAGAAGAAAGAUGAGCUGUGCAAACAGAGGGAUCACAAGAUGGCAGAGCUGAAUUCACUGAAGAAGAAGAAUCCAGCAGAUCUGUGGAAGGAAGACCUCGCUGCUUUCUCUGAGGAACUGGAGCGCAUUGAGGCAAAAGAAAAGGAGAGUGCCAAAAUGCCCGCUGUAAAGGGAAAAGCCAAAUCAGUGAAGGUGAAGCAGGAGACUCUGCCCACUCCACAGGGUCGCCGCGUGAUCCCACGCGUUACCAGCACCAUGAAAGCUGACGCUGCAAAGAAGGGAAGGAAACCCAAGAGUGAAAAUGUAGUGAUGAAAAUGGAGUUUGGAGAGGAUUCAGAGAACGCUGUUCCAAGUGAGGAGCUUGGUUUGGCUGCACGACUGAGCAAGAAGACUAUAACUCAGGCUAAGGAAAAAGCUUCAAAGACAGGAAAACAGACCACUCUUACGUUCAAGGCUGUUGCCAAGAAGCUUAAGAAAGACUCAGACGCGGAGGUCGAUGAUCUGUCGGGGAGUGACAUGGAGGCAGAGGAGGUGGCGGCCCCCAGAGAGCGCAUCGGCCGUAAAACUAAAGCUGCAGCACAAAAGUACACUUUGUCCAGCGAUGAUGAAUUUGAAGACUGGGGGAAGUGCAAACCUGGACGCAAACUUGCUCCCAGUAAUGACGACGAUGAUGACGAUGCCAGCUUUGCCCCUGAUCCCAGCGCCAUGGCUGAUGAUAGCGAUAUGGCCUCUCCAGCACCACCACCUCGCAAAGCUCCAGAGCCUGCAAAGAAGGUGACAAAGAGCAAAUCAACAGUGAAGCAGGUGGAAAGCAAGUCGAGCUCUCAGUCAGACGAACAGGCGCCUGCAACCAAGGCUCCAGUUAAACGUAAAACAAAAGAGGCCGCCCCCAAAAAACCUGCUGCUGCUAAGAAAGCAGCAGCACCCAGGAAGAAGGCUGCAGAUGUGAAGCAGCCGUCGAUUCUGGACGCUCUCUCCAAACCCAAACCUCCGUCCAAGUCUGCCGCCAAAAGUCUGCCUUCACUGGACUCCAGCGACUCGGAAGGCGAAGUCAAACCUCCAGUGGCAAAAGCGAAGCCGGUCCUCAAACGGAAAACGGUCGUCAGUGACGAUUCUGACAGCAGCUCGGAUGACCUCAUGUCACGCCUCAAAGCCAAGAACACAAACAAGAAAUCCAAGAAAUGGGACGACGACAGCUUCCAGCUCUCGGAGGCGGAGUCUCCUAAAGCUGUGGCACCGCGGGACAAGCCCUCACGUGCCCGUAAACCUGUGACCUACAACCUCGACUCUGACUCCGACUGAAGACCUUUUUUAUGAAAAAAAAAAAAAGUAACCCGUUGACAUGUUUAAGGUUUUUGUGUUUUUGUGGUAUUUAAGUGUAAAAUCUUUAAAUUGUUAGCAUUUGAUAUCUGUAUUUUUAAAAACCCUUUAGACUAACCUGUCUUGUUUUCAUAGUUUUCUCUUAUGUAAACCUGUUUUUGUUGUUUUGUCCUGUAAAUAUUUCAAUGGUUGUUCCACAUUCUUUCUAAUAUGUUGAAAAAUAAAAGAUGAUGUGUUUGUACUGAUA